AUGGCCGAAGUCGCCUUACAAGUGACACGAUUAAAAAAAAACAGAGAGAGAGAAAACCUCCAGCAAAGAUUAGUGAUAGGGUACGCCCUCGCCCCUAAGAAGCAGCAGAGCGUCGUCAUACAGCCCUCGCUCGUUGGCCUCGCUGCCAGUCGCGGCAUCGAUCUCAUCUCCAUCGACCCUUGUUGUGCCCUCGUCGACCAGGGGCCCUUUGACUGCAUCAUCCACAAGCUCUAUGGUGACGACUGGAAGGCCCAGCUGCUGGACUUCGCUGCCCGAUACCCCGACGACCCUGUCAUCGAUUCUCCCCAUGCCAUCGAGCGUCUCCACAACCGCAUUUCCAUGCUCCGGGUCAUCUCCGAGCUUGAGAUCCUCCAGCACCAGGAAACCUUCAGGCUCCCCAGCCAGGUCGUGAUCAACGAUUCCAGCACCUUAUCGAACUCCGGCAUUGUCGGUGCCCUCCACUUCCCAGUCGGUGCCAAGCCCCUUGUUGCUGAUGGCAGCACCAAAUUGCACAAGAUGUCCCUCGUCUGCCACCGAAUCAGCAGCCUCCAGAAGUCUCCGGCUCCCUUCCUAGGGUCCACACACCUUCCGGCAUCAAAUCCCGCCGGGCUAAGGCCGACUCCGCUCUCCUACGCAUCCCAGUGCCAAACCCCAUUAGUUCAGUCAUCUCUGAGCCUCCUGCGCGUCUACGCACAUGUACAGCGCAGAAAAUUUUAG